AUGUUGUUCCUUUCCUUCCAAAGCUCCCAGGCAAAGCCGUGCAGGAUACACGCCGCCAAGGAACUCAUCCAGGGGAGCUUACUGCGAGGAGAUCGACCAGCAGCGGAUAAUAGAAGCAAAGCAGUCGGGGAAAGGUCCCAGGAAACCAAUCAUAUGCUGGAGGAGGCACCAGAUACUACUGUUGUACCUGCAUUGACAGAGGAGAUGGUUGGUGCUUUCUUCAGCCUCUUCGCAAAGGACACAUCUGCUCGCAAGGAACCAACCUCUUCUCUUCAAAUUUUCAUGAGUCAGAAUGCGUAUGUGCAUGAUCAACCAAAGAAACGCAUUCACCUUAGACAGAACGUGCGGUUGCCACACCACUUUGAACGAAAAAUUGUCAAGGCCCUCCAUUCUAUCAUGAAUCAGGGUACGAUACAUGGAGUUCACCGAAAAACCAUCCUUUGGAAUGAGGUCCCAAAUCAGCUUGGCCGGACCCGCAUUAAUCAAAUCAUAGGGUAA